AAGUCAUCUUUCUCCGCUCUCUCAUAAUUUCAAAAUUGAAAUUCUUCAGUUUCUUCCCACUCCAAACCAAAAACAAAAAGCUAAAGAGAAAGUUCAGAGCAUCAAUGGAGAAAUCAACGGAGAAGAGCGUGAGCUCCGUUACUUCUGGGAACUCAAUCAACUCGAAGCUGAGGUAUCCUCUCAGAUCUGCUCUCAGAUCCAAGGAAGGGAAGCCUCCUGUUCCCGAUUUCUCAAGCGCCUCUUCAGCGCCCAGAAGGGGACGAGUUGCAUCUGCUGUUAGUCAGAGUACUACGGCGCUUGAUCUUUCUGCUAAGAAGACUGUUGUUGAUCGGGCCAAGCCACCGAGAAGAAUGUCGAUUCCUAACAAGGACUCGAGCAACUCUUCUGUUAGAUCUGUCAGCAGCAGCGUCACUUCUUUGUCGGAGAGCAAGGCGAGGAGACCUCCUGGAGGCAGCAGCAAUCCCAGGAGCUUGAAUGUAACAACGCCUGUCUCUAGUAGUGUGAUGAGAUCAGGGGCGAGAAGAAAAGUUGAGGAUUUGACUUCCUCUGCUUACUGGCUGGCGCAUAUCAAGCUCGCUGAAUCAGUGGAGAAACACUCGGUCUCUCUUGGGUUUUUUAAGCUUGCUCUUCAUGCAGGGUGUAAGCCACUUGACAAGAUGAAAGAGGAGUUGAAAUCAUACGCUGCUCGCAACAACAUGGAUGGGCUUGCUGAUGCUGUUAAGGAACUUUCCGAGCUGUACUGUAUCUCAGAGGAAUCCAAGCAGACGCAAAAGGUCUCAGAGAGCACUUCUGUAGUGGCUGAAGAAACAGAUGUUUCUCUGAAGAAUGAUGAUGAUGAUGAUGUCCAGAGUUCACUCUCCACUCCUGUAGCUUCCAACAUCACAUCAGAGAUCAUGAAAGAGGAUGAUGUUUCGCAAGAUUCAGCUGUCAUAGAAGAAGCCAAGGAGGAAGAGGUCUCAGAAAGCAUCCCACAAGAAAGAACUAGGAGGUCUUUGGAUGUAAUCAGUGUGAACCAAGCGGAUGUUCCAGAGGUUGUUCAAGGAUCAGAAGAUGGAGCUCCAGUUGUGACUGUUGCUCAACCUUCAGAGAAGAAACGUGCAAGCAGGAAGGAGACUGUUGCUAAGAACAGCCUGCCCGUGAAGACAAAGAAAGCAGUAGCUACCAACUCUGUCAAUCCAAGGGCAGUUCCAGAAAACAAGGACAACAAGUCUCAGAAGAAACCUGAAAGGAUCACUAAGCCAAGGACAAAGAAAGUUCAAGAAGAGACUAAGAAGUCCACCAAGAAACCUGCUGCUAAAGAAGGUGGAGAAGUUAAACCUCUGAAGCAAAUGAACAAAAUGGAGAACAAAGAAAACUCUGUUGAUGUUGGUGCAGGAGAAGAAAUCCAAGUUUGAAUGAAGAACAGAGAAGCGUUUUUUUUUUCACAUCUCAGUCAACUCUUUUUUUUUAAAAAUCUUUUGGUUUGAAUGCUUGUUCAAGGUACAUAGUUGAAAACGCGUUCGUAAGUUUGGCUUGGAAGACAACAAAUAUUUUUAUUUGCUUGCUUAUGUAAUUGUGUUCUGUUUUUUUUUUCUCGUCUCUUCAUUUGAGAUGUCUUUACUGUUGAAGUUCGUUUAUUCAUAGUCGUCAAAUAUAUUUUGGAUAAAACUA